CUACUCAGGCUGACUUCCUGCUCUCAGCUGUGGGCCACAGCAGCCAGGAAGCCUGUGCAGAGACCAGGGGAGCACAGCUCACUGUUCCAGGCUCCAGGCAGGUGCUGGAAGAUGGAAGGGAGCAGCAUGAGCACAAGGUUACCUCAUGGGAAGAAGGCCAAAGCAGAGGCUUUGCUGUAAAUAUCUGAGCCCUCCCUCUCCCCACGUUCACCGUCUACAGGACUUUGACAUGAUGUCCACAAAUCACAAGAACACAGAGAUGUUUUCCAUUGAGCCUAUAUUCCUGCACUUCAAAAGACAGAAAGUGGCGAUUUCACAUGCAAUAAAAAAACCAUUUCCUUUCCUUGAGGGCCUUCGUGAUCACGACCUCAUCACUGACAAAAAGUAUCAUGAUUUUCAAGAGUCUUUUAGAGACCUGGUCCCGCUACACAGAGUGAUCUACAGAGCCCUGGAAGAACUAGAGAAGAAUUUUAACAUGACAGUUCUGCAGAAAUUGUUCUGUAAGGUCAACAUGGAGAAUUACCCUGAUUUGAAAUUCAUUCGCAGGAGCUUUAAAAAUGUCUUUCCUAAUGCAUUGUGUUCCCAAGGAAGUGCUAGAGGAGACCUGAACUCCGAGCUAAGUCUCAAACAAGGUCCCAGUGAGAGCUGUUCUCAAGGAAGCCUGACCUGGUCACCCUUGGAUUCCUCCUCAUCUGAUGGCGGGAAAAGAAAUGAUAGAGGAACUACCACUCUCAUCCGGGGGAUUCAAACUGAGAACCAUCAACCCUCUGAGCCCCACAAUCGCACUGGAGCAGCGCCAUCCACAAGUGAAAAGACUUGUCCCUGUGUCAUGGGUUCCCCAACAUAUGUGGCAGAAGACCAGGAAGCAAGGAUGGGAAGCAGCCAAGAAGAAGCUAUGGAUACUAGGAACAACAUUACUGUAGGAGAAUCCAGGAAGAGGAGAGGUGGCAACAGAAGUGGUGGCCAGGCAGCUACCAGGAGAAAGAAAAGGGAAAAGACUCCAGAAAGCUCUGUUCAGAACAGGGUUCUAAGAAGGCGCAGAAAUGAAACUGCAGAUUUCAGUGCUGAGUUGCUUCCCGUGACAUGUGGUAACUUGAAAGGAAUGUUACACAAGGAUAAAUUCAAGCAAGGGACCUCUGUGAUGUCCAUACAAUGUGAGGAUGGAAACUGGUUCACUCCUCAAGAAUUUGAAAUUAUGGGAGGCCAUGAAAGAGCAAAGAACUGGAAAUUGAGUCUGCGCUGUUAUAACUGGCCCCUGAAAUUUCUGAUCAAGAGAAACUUUCUACCCAAUCCUCCACAAAAAUAUGCCAGGAAAAAAAAGCAGGGAACACAGAACUUGUAUCAUUCCCAAGCUGACCCGUGUAUGGAGAACUCAGAUGAGUGUGAGGUGUGCCGGGAUGGAGGGACGCUCUUCUGCUGUGAUACUUGUCCCAGAGCCUUCCAUGAAGAGUGUCACAUCCCAGCGGUGGAAGUCGAGAUGACACCGUGGAGUUGCGUCUUCUGUAGGACUCAGUCCUUAGGAAGCCAAGAGAGUCGUCCAGAAUCUGAGAUCCUGCAGAGGCAGAUGGUGCCCCAGGAACAGUUGAAGUGUGAGUUUGUUCUCUUGAGAGUCUAUUGCUGUCCUGAGAGCUCCUUUUUUUCCAAGAUGCCAUAUUAUUGUUAUGACCCGGUUGUGCAUGUGCAGGAACCUAUGUGGUUGGACAUGAUUAAGAAGAAGCUGAGUCAGCAGGCUUAUCCCAAAGUGAAAAAGUUUGUGCAAGACAUGAGGCUCAUCUUCCAGAAUCACAGAACCACAUUCAAGGAACCCGAGUUUGGCAAAAUGGGUCUUAAACUGGAGUCCAAGUUUGAGAAGACUUUCAAGGAAGUGUUUGCUAUAGGAAAGAAGUGAAAACAGUUGACUGCCAUCACAGAUGCUGCUGGUGUCCUGGCCCAAUCUGCUCUUCUGGCCAUGUCUUCCCACCUGCAGCGGCAAUGAUUAUUUGCUACCAAAUCCAUCAUCCCCCGGAGGAUUACUCUGGCUCACAUGGAGACAGGUGCUGCUGGUAGUUACACCUCCUGGAUUCGGGGUCCAUCCCCUGCCUUCAGCUGUAACCAAGGGUGUGGUACAUUGCUACUUGAACCUCUCUGCUGCUGCAUUAGCUUCCCUGCCUGUCUUUCCUUGUCUCCAACUCCUGAGAACAAUCCACAAUAAACCACAACCUUCCAAGACUUCAAA